AGGAGAGAAAUACAAAAAAAAAAAAAAAAAAAAAGGACCACCGGAAGAAUCGGCACAACUCGGUGGUGCGGGCCGAGGACCAUAGAGGGUCUCUCCGCCUCUUCCUAGAGCGGCCGGCAGCUCCGCAAACAGCCCGCACUUCCGGCGGGCGAGGCGGGAGGCGAGCACCGUGGCCGCCUGCACGAAAAUUCUGAGUUGCGUCUCUCUAGGCUAUGAGACCUUAGUUCAGAAGACAGUACAAUCUCGACGAUACAUUUGCUUAUUCACCAUGAGGUUAGCAAAGCCUAAAGGGGCUAUUUCUCGAAGCUCAAACCAAGGCAAAACCUACGAGACCAAGCGUAAGACAGGCCGCCAGCGGCAGAAAUGGGGAAUGACCAUUCGAUUCGACUCCGGCUUAAGUCGGCGGAGAAGGAACGUGGAUGAGAAGCCCUACAAAUGUAGUAGAUGUUCCAAGAGUUUCGGUCAGAGCUCCACUCUUUUUCAGCACCAGAAGAUCCAUACAGGAAAGAAGUCCCAUAAAUGUGCUGAUUGUGGGAAGAGUUUCUUCCAGAGCUCGAACCUCAUUCAGCACCGGCGGAUCCACACUGGGGAAAAGCCCUAUAAGUGUGAUGAGUGUGGAGAGAGGUUUAAGCAGAGCUCCAAUCUCAUUCAGCACCAGAGGGUUCACACUGGAGAGAAGCCCUACUGCUGUGACGAGUGUGGCCGCUGCUUCAGCCAGAGCUCGCACCUCAUCCAGCACCAGAGAACCCACACCGGGGAGAAGCCCUACCAGUGCGAGGAGUGUGACAAGUGCUUCAGCCAGAGCUCUCACCUGCGGCAGCACAUAAAGGUGCACAAAGACAAGAAGCCACGCAAGAAGGGCAAGAACGCCAGGGCCAAAGCUCACCCAGUGUCCUGGAAAGCUGGUAAAGGGAGGAAGGCAGUGGCCGGGCUCCGCCAGAACCUUCAUCUGGCGAUGGAUGGAGAUAGAGACAGAGAUCCACAUUGGAGCACUGGACUGAGCUCCCAAGUUCCAGAUAAAGAGCAGAAGGAGGAAGAACAUGAGCAAGGAAGUCAGGACCGCAAGGGGUGCGCCCACCCACUGAGAUGGUGGGGCUGAUCUAAUGGAAGCUCACCAAAGCAAGCUGG